AUGAGGGUAGAUGUCUGUGGUGGCCACAAGUGCAUAAAAUGUGGUAGAUUCAAUGAGUCUUCGUUGGACCAGAAUUUCCAGAAACAAACGCGCAGUUCCAUCGCUGACGUAAUACGUGACGCUGCACAAACAACGCGUCAACAGACGCGUCAAAAGUUGGUUUGUUUGCGUCAAGUUCUAACCUCCCUUACGGAGAACCAACUCACUCUCGAAGCUGCUCGAGUCCAUCCACAGGAAUUUGCUGCUAUCAUAAACCCCUUACCUUAUGAUCCUACCGACAAAUAUUUCUGCGUAGAUGUGCUACCCUUCGCGACCAACUUACGCAACCCCACAUUGGAUACCGUUCUUGAGCUGAUACAUGAACUCUGUGCCCUAGCAACGUCAACACACGUUUUCUCUGACGCGCCCUCGUCGACUUCGUCCUUGAUGUCUCGGCGCCGAUUUAAGCUUUUCGUACACACUUCGGACCGUCAUUGUCGCAACCGUGGCGUACACGCUGAGGUCGGCGUAUGGAGUAGCUCGGAUCUACUGCGAAGCUGUAGGGAGUACGGCUGGUUCAACCUUCUCCGCUUCACACGGUAG